UCAUAUGCAUCCAGCUAGGCGGAUAUAGUCUUUUCUCCUCUAUGGAGACUUUGCUACUUUGAUUCAUGCCUUUGCCAUCAAGAUUGGAUUUCUGCACCACCCUGUGUGUGUGUCUGCACCUUCAAUCCAGGCAGAAGCUGGUGCUGCUCACUCAAUGGUGUGUCUCGCCAGGUGCACAUGUCGACAGUGCUCCAGGAUGUGUGUUGUGGGAGUCUAGAUGGUCCAAGAUCAUGAUAGCCCCAAUGGCUCUGGAGGAUCUGCCUAUCUGAGAGACUGCCUCUUCCCCAUGCUGUACUGCUACAAUAGAGGUUGCGUCAUGCAAGAAAGGUGAGGGCAGGGCACACAGCGGAGAUCUUCACAAGUCCAUUGUGAGUGGUGAUGCUAGCGGGUGGAACGCAAGCUGUGGGUGGACCUUGGAAGAGGACAGUAACAUACUCUUCCCAGUCUGAGAUGUGGAAACAAACCAGCCUGCAUAAAGAAACCAGGAGUUCGUGUUUAACCCAGUACUGCAUUGUACAGUAUUGGCUUUGGUGGGUCUCUGCUGCUGCCUGAUUCUGCAUUUCCUGUUCCAGACAAGGUGGCCAGGAGCAGAGUAAAGGAGGGAGAGUUGCUGGAGCUACCGAACCUCGCUGACUGCCACCAGGCACCAUGACGACGAGCGGCGGCCCCUCCGACAGGUAUAAAGCCGUCUGGCUGAUCUUCUUCAUACUUGGCCUGGGGACGCUGCUGCCAUGGAAUUUUUUCAUGACAGCCACCAGGUAUUUCACCUACCGCCUCGGGGUUUCCGACAACAUUUCCUCCGUGGAUCGCCUCCUGGGGCCGAAUAGCACAUACGAAGGCCAGGAGCCUCCCCCCACCUACCUGCAGGCCAGGUUCAACAACGUCAUGACACUCUGUGCCAUGCUUCCCCUGCUUGUCUUCACCUGCCUCAACUCCUUCCUCCACCAGAGGAUCCCCCAGAAAGUCCGUAUCAUGGGCAGCCUGGUUGCCAUCCUGCUGGUCUUCAUGAUGACAGCUGCCUUGGUGAAGCUCUUCCUGCCGCCGCUCCCCUUCUUCAUCGUCACCAUGGUCAAGAUCAUCUUCAUUAAUUCCUUUGGUGCCAUCCUCCAGGGCAGCCUCUUUGGAUUGGCAGGGCUGUUACCUGUCAGCUACACAACCCCCAUCAUGAGCGGGCAGGGCUUGGCAGGGACCUUCGCAGCGCUGGCCAUGAUCUGCGCUAUCGCCAGCGGCUCAGAGCUGCAGGAAAGCGCCUUCGGCUACUUCAUCACAGCCUGCGUGGUGAUCCUGCUGGCCAUCGGCUCCUACAUCCUGUUGCCCCGCAUGGAAUUCUUCCGUUACUACUCAAUGAAGGACAAGACUGAGUAUAGAGCCCAUGAGAGGCACGCGGAGCUGGAGACCAAGAUCGACCUGAUCAAGAAAGAUGAGCCCAAUGGAGUAGAACCGAGACACCCACAUGACAUGGCCCCCCAAGUUCCCUGCCAGAAGCCCUCCGUCUUCAGCAUCUUUAAGAAGAUCUGGGUCACGGCUCUGUCCGUCUGCUUUGUCUUCACGGUCACCAUUGGGAUCUUCCCGGCCGUUACUGCCGAGGUGAAAUCCACCAUCGCUGGGAGCAGCAAGUGGGAGGUGUACUUCAUCCCUGUCUCCUGUUUCCUGAUGUUUAAUGUCUUCGACUGGCUGGGACGGAGCAUCACAGCUGUCUGCUUGUGGCCCGGGAAGGACAGCCGGCUCCUGCCUUGGAUGGUGGCUGCACGUAUCAUCUUCAUCCCCCUCUUCAUGCUGUGCAAUGUGCAGCCCCGCAGCCAUAUGCCUGUCUUCUUCCACCACGACGCCUGGUAUAUCGGCUUCAUGAUCCUCUUCUCCAUCUCCAAUGGCUACCUGGCCAGCCUCUGCAUGUGCUUUGGGCCCAAGAAGGUGCCCGCCCAUGAAGCUGAGACAGCUGGAGCUAUCAUGGCCUUUUUCCUCUCGCUGGGUCUGGCCCUGGGAGCGGUGAUCUCCUUCCUCUUCCGGAUUAUGAUCUAGCCAGGCAGCAGCACGGAGCCUGAGGCCAGGCUUGCUCAGCUCACAGCAGCUGCAGUACUGGAGGGGACAGCUCCUGUGGGCUGCAGUGGACUCCGACUGCCUCCGCCCUUCCCUGGGGCACACCUCCGCCCUGCCUUGUGGAUAGCUUGGCUGGGGCAUUUGGCCUUACCCCCUGCUUGUGUGAUGGCUCCAGGACUUGUGCCAUUCUCUCUCUCUCUGGUGCUGUGAGACCCGGAUCCCUUCCACAUACACACAUCUCCUAUGCCCAGGGUUGUGUGACUCCUCCCCAGACACUGAUGCCAGGAUCCUGCCUCAGACUCAUAGCACGCCUGGGAUCCUGAGCUCAGAGAACACCUAAAGUCACCCCCCUCCCUUAGGGCCUGCAGGCUGUGCUACAUCCCUGUGACCUUAAUACGUGUGCCCCCAAGUGCUGGAGCUGCUCAGACAUAAAAGGCUUUAUCCCCACUCCGGCAGGAGCUAGAGACAUGAUCCCCAAUCCUGAUGGGGAACUGGGGCAGGGCUGGCGCUAGAGCCCAGGUGUCUGGAGUGCCAGCCAAACACUUUAAUUACCAGCCCCUCUUUCCUCCUCCCAGUGUGCCUUUUCCCCUUCUCCCCUGCUACCCCCACUGCUCCAGACCUUGAUCUGCCAUUGGAGAGCUGUGACCGUGCCUCCCCUAGGAGGCCCUGCAACAAGUGGAGCAGGCAUGCUGGCGGUGGGGGGUGCACAAGAGCCAAAAGCUGACCACAGCCAUCCCACAUGCCACAAGGCCUCUCCUGGCUAGCUGUCCCUUAGCGCCAGUGGGGGCCAGGCCAGGCAUGUUUAUCUCUGUAAAUGUAUCUGUACAGUUGCCAUUUUCUAUACAAAGUGAAUCUGC